GUUCAUCAAACGUUUACCGGAAGGCGAAGUGUACGCAACCGUCGUCGGAGUGCAGCGGAACAGAAAAACGGGAAUCGGAAUCGAAUCGUCUCAUCGGCAAAGUGGAAAAGUUAUUGAAAAAAAGUGCUACUUGCUGCCACAGUGACAACUGACUUCCCACAGGAAAUUUACUUUCGUGAAAGGGGGACACCCGGAAGUGACAUCAGCGCAAGUACGUGUACGUAUAAAGCACUGGUAACAUCCGUUACAAGCAACAGCCCAGAACAGUCCGCCCCCUCGUCAUCAAGAAUAAAUAAACCAUGAAACGGAAAUGAGCAUUCUCUGAGGAUGAAAUUAUUUGCUCACUGCCGUACGAAUAAACCGAUAAUUGACUGGCCCCCGGUGGAAGCGCAUGUUUCACAACCAUGGACAGCGAGAUCCCCAUCCAACAAGUGAUAUAUCAUAAUGAACUUCUCCAAUGACCGGCCACCACAAUCAGAAACGGCUACCGCUGGAAAGGACAUUCCUAGUAUAGUUUCGGGACACGCGUUCCUGUUCGGAGAACUAAUCAAACCAGUUCAGUUCGUCGGGGGAAAGAUUCAUCAGAGAAUGGCUAAGCAAAUGGUUUGGACUACGGACGGACAGAUUGAUGCUAGUCGUCAAUUUACGUCCAAGAAAAACAUCAUUCAUCCCAGCAGUAGCAGUAACGGAAGCAGCCCACCCACCAACAGCGGCCCGCUGAGUCCGGAUAACCCCUACCUGGUGGGAGUGCAAUCACGCUUUCGUCGUCGCUACUACCACAAAACAAUUUUCAUUGUGCUCAUCGUUGUGAUAGUAAUUCUGCUGAUUGGACUCAUCGUUGUGGCCUGUCUGUUGCACAUCCCACCGGACGUUUGCAACAGUGCGGAAUGUCUCCGAUCGGCAGCAACUCUGAAGCAAAGCAUGGACACCAGCGUCGAUCCGUGCGAAGACUUCUACCGGUACACCUGCGGUAACUGGGCCGACGAUCAUCCACGGCCGGACAGCUACACCAGCUACGAUUGGUUCAGCGAACGGCAGGCGAAGAUCCUGCGAAAUAUUCGGCAAUAUCUGCAGAUGAAUGAAACCGACGGGGAACCGAAACCGGUCAGUCAAGCCCGCAGCAUGUACAAAGCCUGUAUGAAUUUGACCGCCAUGGAUGCCUUAGGAUAUGAACCGGUGUUCACCUUGCUGGACGAGUUUCAUUUGCCCAGAUACCCAACGAUGCUGAAUCUAACGGAAACCGACUACGAAAGCUACAGUUUCGACUGGGUUCGUGCCUUGGCCAGAGUCAGACAGCAGCUCGGGAUGGACAUCAUGAUAGGAUUCGAUGUGUUUCCUAAUCCGACUGAUCGGAACUACAACGUGUUGGUUUUGGGAGCUCCGGAAAAGGGAUCCGAUUUUCCUUUUAACGAAAAUGUCCUGAAGCACGUGGUCAGAGCGAAACGUAUUGCGUUGCUCAAAGAAACAGAAGAUGACAGUGACCACGACGACGACGACGACGACGAGGACUACAGCAAUCCGGAAGACAAUACCAAUUACAUAAAGGCUUACAAAAAUUUUAUGAUUGGUGCUAUGAAAGUUCUAGUCAAUAGUACCGAUUCCAGAAUAAAUUUGGACACGUUUGCGGAUAGUUUCACCAAAGCUGCUGACAUAUACGUGAAGAUGUCCAGGGUUAUAAUGAAGUUCGAUAAACUAGCAGAUAACAACUCCAAAAGUAACAACCCGGAUGACUCACUGAACCUUCAGGAUCUGGUCAAUACGACCGUCUACGACCUUCAAACCCAAACCGAUCAAUAUUUGGCUCCAAAACAACCGCUUCCGAUUUGGAAACACUAUCUAGAAGAAGUCUUCGAAGGCAUACCGGAAGCUCAACUGGAUCUGAACAACGAUCUGAUCUUGACCAGCAAUGCCGACAUCUACUAUUUACAACUACUUGCAGACUAUCUAUCGCGAACUCCGCUGGUUCACAUCGAACUGUUCAUCUGGUGGACUGUCGUCGAAGAAUUGAUUCUGCACACAACGGCCGAAAUACGCAGGUUGCAUUACGACUACUACAAGGUAACUACCGUAACCGAAGGAUACACCCCACGAUCCCUGUACUGUGCUGGAGCCGUCAAUAAGCUACUCGGAAUGGCUGUGAGUUAUGCAAUAUCCGAUCAGAAUUUCGUACAAGACAUUAAACCAAAAGUGGAGACGAUGUUGCAGUAUAUCCAGGAUGCCUUUGAAAGACUGGUUCGCGAUACCACCUGGAUGGACUGGAAGACCAAGCAAUCCACGCUGGAAAAAUCCAAAGCUAUGCGAAGUUUAAUCGGGUUCCCCGAGUGGAUUCUGCAGGAAAAGGAACUGGAAGAGUAUUACGAUAAGCUGGACAUUAGCGAUACGCAACAUCUGGAAAACAUGAUCCAGAUUAUUCAAUCAAGAAACGUCAAACAGCUCCGACGGUGGCGUCUGAAAAACGUUCUCAGUUGGGACACCGUCCCGACAAACGUGAACGCUUUCCACACCUUCCAGGACAACGCCAUAACCAUUCCGAUUGCCAUUCUACAGUAUCCUUUCUACCACCUGGGUCUAGAAGCACUGAACUACGGAGCAAUCGGAACGAUACUAGGGCACGAAUUAACACACGGGUUCGAUGAUAGCGGCCGUCAGUUUGACAAAGAGGGCAACCUGAAGCAAUGGUGGACCAACAGUACAGUUAGAGAAUAUGUCAACAAAACUGCCUGCUUCAUUCAACAGUACAGUGGUUAUUUCAUCGAUGAAGCAAACGAUUACAUCGAUGGAAAGCAAACUCUCGGUGAAAACAUCGCCGACAAUGGUGGAGUUCGGGAGGCCUACCACGCCUACCGAAUCUAUCUGCAGCACAAUGAAAAGGAACCGCUUCUGCCCGGGUUCGAAAACUACACCCACGAGCAAUUGUUCUUCAUUUCCUACGGAAAUCUAUGGUGCGAAUCCCACACGGUAUCGGCAGCUAAGGCGGCUCUUGAUGAUACGCACUGUCCAGGCUGGAUUCGGCUCAAAGGAGUUCUUAGCAACUCACAGGAGUUCAGUCGAACAUUCAACUGUAAGCGAGGAAGCCAGAUGAAUCCGGCUACGGACAAAUGUCAGAUUUGGAAGAAACUGAUAUCUAGUUUAGACGUUGCAAUUGCCGGAACUUUUAUUGCUUUACGCUACCAAUCUUCAAUAUUGGCUUUUCGAGAACUUGACUGUACAUUUAACAAACCGAGUCUAUUCGGUAUGGAAGAAUAUGGAGAAAACAGAGGCAUGGGUAUUCAAAUGGUACUACACAUGAAGCCAGCUAUGAAUACCGAAGUUUCUCGGCGGUACGAUUCGGAACGUCAAAGACCAGCCACUUCGGCCGUCGACGAUGGGCGCAGCCCAUGUCGAGUUUUCUGUACUCGGUUCAUCAUCUGUAUUCUAUUGCUAGCCGUAAUCCUACUGUCAUCGAUCAUCUACGCCAUCUUCUAUUUCGCGAGAACCCUGCCGGAUGUAUGCCACAGCAAAGAGUGUCUCCGUUCGGCAUCUGCUUUCAAACAAAGCAUGGACCUGACGGUUGACCCCUGUGAAGACUUCUACACGUACGUGUGCGGAAACUGGGCCGAUGAUCAUCCCCGUCCGGUGACCCAUCCCGCCUACAGUUGGUACAACGAACGUCAGGAUAAAGUCUAUCGGAACAUAAUGGCGAAGCUGGAGAUGAACGUCACUCAGUUUGACCCGAAACCGGUGGCACAGUCCAAGGCGAUGUACAAGGCUUGUCUGGAUACCGUUGCCCGUGAACGAGAAGGAUUCAAAGCUGUCGCCAAAUAUCUUAAGGAAUUCGGUCUACCUACGGUUCCGACGCUUUUGAACUACACUAAAUACACCCCACGGAACUACAAAUUCGAUUGGAUUACUUCGGUAGCCAAGAUUCAACGGAAAUUAGGAUUAAAUGUGAUUAUAGGGUUCGACAUAAUCCCGGAUUAUCAGAACAAAACGCAUAACCGGCUGACUCUGGAAUAUUUCUACGCUCCAGGAGAUUUUUUCUUUCCAUACUAUGAGUGGUCGAGAUUAAAACCGAAAAGGUCUGGCAAGCAUGAUGUUGACGAUGAGGACUACGACGAUGAAAACUCAGAGGACGAAGCUGCCGAACUAUCCGAGCUGCUUAAGGAUACUAUUGAGGCGGUCAAACCAAGUAUCGAUACUGAAAAACUACAGAAAAGAUUUUCGGCACUAGCCGAACAGUUCAUAAGGUUUCGUGAGACUCUACCGGAUGUACCAGAAUCCGAGGAGGAAGAAUCCAGCUACUACAGUGUUCAGGAACUUCAGAACUUAACGGAUUCGUAUUUGUCUCCGAAAAAACCCUUUCCUAUAUGGCAACGCUAUCUAGAUGUACUGUUCGCCGAUUUACCGGAGGUGAAACCAACUUCGGCGGACAGACUACAGAUCGAAAGUACAUCAGUUGAGUAUCUUCAGAAACUCGUCAAAGCUCUAUCCCGACAGUCGGAUGCACAAAUCGAACUCUACGUGUGGAUAACAGUUGCCGACUAUCUGGUGAACAACGAACUAAAUGACGUAGAGACCGAACAAGCUUGUGCUGAACAUGUGCAAAAGUUUUUGGGUUUAGCGGUUAACUAUGCGAUCUCCGAUAAGAAUUUCCUAGUGGAAACAAAACCACGGGUCGAACGAAUGCUUCAGGAUAUUCGGGCUCAAUUCGAGCGUAUCGUUAUGGAAACGGACUGGAUGGAUUCCAACACGAAGAAAGCAGCUCUCGAGAAGUCCAAAGCAAUGAACAGCUUCAUUGGAUUUCCCGAGUGGAUUUUGGACGUGGAGAAACUGGAGAAUUACUACGAAGGGUUACAGAUAAGUGAGAAACGUCAUUUGGAGAAUUGGGUCAACGCGAUGAACUUUUUACUCACAGAUAAAUUGCGAUCCUGGCGAUUAGAGAACAACCGCUUCUCGGACUUGAACCCAGCUAUUGUGAAUGCGUACAAUCUUCAACAAUGGAAUUUGAUUUAUAUUCCAGUUGCCAUAAUUCAGUAUCCCUACUACUAUCUAGGGUUGGAGGCACUGAACUACGGAGCUCUCGGGGAGACUCUAGGUCAUGAGCUUACCCAUGGUUUCGAUGACUCAGGUCGGCUAUAUGAUAAACACGGAAACAUGAGACGCUGGUGGUCAAAUCAGACAGCUCAGGAAUACGACAACCGAGCUAAUUGCUUGGUUAAGCAAUACAGCAGCUAUUACGAUACGUUGGCAAAGUCAUACGUAAACGGAAAUUUGACACUCGGUGAAAAUAUCGCCGAUAAUGGAGGGCUUCGGGAGGCCUUCUGGGCUUACCGAUCGUUCGUCAAAGACAACGGUUCGGAACCGGUUCUGCCGGGAUUUGAAGAUUUUACACACGAGCAACUUUUGUUUAUAUCGUUUGGGAAUCAAUACUGUGAUGUUAUUUCACCUGGAGCUGCCAAAUGGUUGCUGAAGGAUGAACAUAGUCCGUCCCGGUUUCGUGUUCUCGGUGUUCUUAGCAAUAUGGAGGAGUUUAGUGAGGUGUUCCGGUGUCCCAUCGGUAGUGCAAUGAAUCCCGAAAACAAGUGCCGAAUUUGGUGAUGGACGGAAUUGAAACACUUAGAACAAAGUUUAUAUUUAUAAAUUUCUUAUUUAAAUUUAUGUUUUGUUUUCCAUUUCUCAGCCAGAAGCAUAUCAAGAACAAAAAAUAGAUGAAUGAAAAGCAAAUAUGACAUUUUACAUAGUAUCCCUCAGAGCCAGGACAUGUGAAUUGCUUUUGACACAUAUUUGAUUUAACAAAUUAUAUACGAACCCAAUUUCAGAGUGCUAGAA